CGCUAAUGGCCGAAACAAGCGCAUAAGUAACGCCGCAAACGAAUCAGCAGCGUUUAAUUCGCUAGCUGAUAUACCGGAUGUAAAUCAAACGUAACACUGGUACACCGCAGUGAAUUAUGUUGAACGAAGUUCCGUUCAGGCUUCUACAAAAAUUAUGCCAAUAUCAGCAAAGAUAACUGGCAUGCGGCGAAGCAGUAACUAACGGUCCUUGGUAGCGCUCCUCACGGCUCACACGGCGUUCCUCACAGUAACGGCCUGUCAGACUACUUCCGCACGAGCGUCCACGCAGUGACAUUGAUUUCUUACUGUAUAUAUAUAUUCCGUUCAUAUUGUUGCUUAUGAAAUGCUGAAGGCUAGAACUGUUGAGAAGAUCGUGCAAGCCAGAGAGCAAGCGGAAGGAGAAGGGGCACGAGUGCGCCGCGGUAUUGGUGGAGGACAGCUUCUCCAAGUUGAUCCCUUUCUCCUGUUCGACCAUGCCGAGGUGCAUCCUCCGGCCGGCUUUCCGGAUCAUCCGCAUCGAGGAUUUGAAACAGUGACAUAUAUACUGAAUGGUUCCUUUAAACACGAGGACUUUGCCGGAAACAAAAAGAUAUUAGGCACUGGAGACUUACAGUGGAUGACCGCUGGUCGAGGUGUCCUGCAUUCCGAAACGCCUUAUGGCAACGGGGGCGAGGGCCUGCAGUUGUGGGUUAAUUUACCGCAAAAUGAAAAAUUAGUUCAGCCUGCUUACCAAGACCUUAAGUGCAAAGAUAUUCCGGUUGUCUCCAAGGAUGGUGUAACUGCAGUUAUUGUAGCAGGGGAAUACGAUGGCCAGAAGUCGCCUGUUCGUACUCGUACCCCCACAAAUUAUUUAUAUCUUACACUGGCUCCCGGUUCGAGAGUACUACAACCAUUUCCUGAGAAGUGGAACGUUUUCUCCUAUACUGUGUUCGGAAAGCUGACAGUCGGUCCUGAAGACAAGCAACAGGAAACUGUGGAGCAUUCUUGCAUCGUUUACAAGCCAGAUGGUGAUUGCGUUCGACUGGCUAAUAACAGUCCAGAAGAAGUCCGCUGCGUGUUGAUUGCAGGCCAACCUCUGCAUGAGCCGGUAGCACGUCACGGCCCAUUUGUGAUGAAUACAUAUGAAGAAAUCGAUCAAGCUAUAAAGGAUUUUAGGAAUUGUACAAAUGGAUUCGAAAAAGCAAAGAACUGGAAAUCAGAAUACAUGAAGAAGCAUGCGAAGUAGCCAUCGCUCUGACACAGAAAUUGUGCUGUGUUCAAGAUUACUACUGCGCCGUCAUAAUUACAGCAAGGUGGAUACCCUGUACACCUAUGACCUAUCCACCUUAUGAUUAAUUAUUGUACAGUAUCUGCAAAAUAACUGUGUCGUAAUUCUGCGACUAUGCUUUUGUGACUAAUUAGUAAUAAAAUUUUUAUAACCUGUUUUUACCAUUCUAGCACCAGCAGGGUCAUUUUUGGCCAAUAACAUUUUAAAAUCCUAAAGAAUUAUUGCACACAUGACACAUGUACGGUAAAACCGUUAAAGCCUUGAUUGCAAUCGCAAUUAUAUCGUAGUCUAAAUUUUUAACCCGGAGUGGGCGUCU